CAUCUCUUAAUCUUCCUAUCAGUGUUUACCAGCCCUGAGGAUGGACCCCAUUCAUUUUACCUCCUUGGCUUUUGAACAGUUCCACAUUAAUGUUUAAUAUCCGGACAUAUUGCAUCCAAGUUCUCCAGACAAAUGCUAAGAGGAAAUGAAAACUGAUAUUCCUGACAUUGAGUGCCAGAGAUGCUGCUAGGGAUUAGUCUUUCAUGCAUAUCGUGUUCUUCAGACUCCUCUGUGGCUCCAUGGCAUGAUGGCUGGGCAGCCUCCAUGUGCUGCUGUCAGACAGAGAAUCUGUAUUCGGUUGCUGACUGAAAUAUCCUUUAUGUGUGCAAUUAGAAAAGCACCACUUAGGCCGGCUGUCAGCGCACACAGCCUUUGAGUCUUUGGAUGAAAGGACAUUCAGGAGUUUGUGCUUCAAAGUUGAGUCAUGAAGGGGGGGGAAAGUAGAAGGUUUGUGCCUUAAACGAAGCAUCAAUCAUCCUGUCAUCUUGAAGGGAAAUAGCUAUUCGUUAAGGUCACUUAGUGAAAUUAGCUUCAAUUAAGUAACUUUACUAAAUGCAAUGGUGGCUGGUCAUUGCUGGAACCACUCAUCUUGCAGGAAAGCCUGACCUGCACAGUUUGUUAUCAUUAUUAGUCUUUACUUAAAAAAAACCAACCAACAGAGUAAUUGCACAGAUAACAGCUUGUUUUAGAGAACCUCCCAACCAUACAUCAUUCUUUGUUUCAUGCUUGCAGAGGUGUAACAGUGGUACAGGACAUUUGGUUCAGUGCUCCGGUGCUGAGUGAUUGUAGGAGGCAAAGAAAAUGAUUCUUCUGUAGCAGUGCAGGCAGUCCUCCAACUGAACCCGUGAAUAGGCACGACUGUAUGUUUUCCAAUCAGACAGCCCUCCAGAAAUCAGCUAACGAGGAGAAAGUCAAGAUCAAAGAUGAGCAUCCUAAUCCAUUAUCAACACAUGCCAUCAGACUCUCCAUCUGCCAGCAGAGGGCCCUGUGAGCUGACAACGAGGAGCCUGCAGAUGCUCAGCCACCGCCGUGCCUUCACCACCGUUUGGUUUGGCCCCAGUGAUCUCCCGGGAGGAGCGCUACGCAUGGAGUGAUGGAGGAGCCAUCUCCAUCCUUGGAUCAGGAAGCCAUACUGCUCCUCUUCCCCCUUCUUGCAAAGGGAGCCAUGCUACCUCCUUCCAGCUCCAGUUUCCAGGGAUACAGGGAUGGAGACUGCAGCAGGAUAUUUGUGCUGGGCAUUGGAUUUUUCACUCUGUGCUUCUUAAUGACGUCUCUGGGAGGGCAGUUCUCAGCCAAGCGCCUGGGGGAUUCGCCCUUCACCAUCCGAACUGAAGUGAUGGGCGCUCUGGAGUCCCGAGGGGUGCUGCGGCGGAUGAGCGACAUGCUGGAGCUGCUGAUGAAGAGGAUGGACAUCCUGGCCAGGCUGGAGAACAGCACUGACUUCCACAAAGGGAACGAGGCACUCUUCCCUCUGGACAGGUUGCAGCCAGCGGCCGGUUUGAUGGAGAGGAUCCAAGCUAUAGCUCAAAACGUCUCAGACAUCGCAAUAAAAGUAGACCAGAUUCUCCGGAAUAGCCUCAUGAAUGCAAAAAUGGGGGAUGGCAGGAGGGACCAGUGCGAGGUGCCCAGGGACCCCAAGUACCCCGACUGCGCUGGGAAGGUGGAGUGGAUGAGGGCCAGGUGGACUUCUGACCCCUGCUAUGCGUUUUUUGGCGUGGAUGGCACCGAGUGCUCCUUCCUCAUCUACCUCAGUGAAGUUGAGUGGUUCUGUCCUCCCCUACCCUGGAGGAACCAGACGGCCGCACCGUCCCCUCCACCGCUGCCCCGCGCCCAGGCAGCUUUCCGCAGCGACCUGGCCCCAUUGCUGGAGCUGGUGGGCACGGGCAAGGAGUCCCUCAGCUUCAUGAAGAAGAGGAUCCGGCACCUGGCCCAGCAGUGGCUGCGGGCAGCCCGACGCCUCGAGCAGAAGCUGAAGGGACGGCAGGGGGACCAAAAACAUAUCCUGAUUCACAUCGGCUUCCUGACCGAGGAGUCAGGGGACGUCUUCAGCCCACGGGUGCUGAAAGGGGGGCCCCUGGGUGAGAUGGUGCAGUGGGCCGACAUCCUGGCUGCCCUUUUCCUGCUGGGACACAGCCUGAAGGUGACAGUCUCACUGAAGGAGCUGCAGAGCAACUUAGGGGUGCCUCCAGGACGGGGAAACUGCCCCUUGACGAACCCUUUGCCUUUUGACCUGAUCUACACCGACUACCACGGCCUCCAGCAGAUGAAGCAGCACAUGGGGCUCUCCUUUAAGAAAUACAGGUGCCGUGUUCGUGUCAUCGAUACCUUUGGGACGGAGCCAGCCUACAACCAUGAGGAAUACGCCACGCUGCGCGGCUUCCGCACCAACUGGGGCUACUGGAACCUGCACCCCUCCCAGUUCAUGACCAUGUUCCCGCACACCCCGGACAAUUCCUUCAUGGGCUUCGUGUCGGAGGAGCUCAACCAGACUGAGCGGCAGCGCAUCAAAUCCAGCAAAGUGAGCAGCAUGGCAGUGGUGUACGGGAAGGAAGCCAGCAUCUGGAAGCUGCAGGGCAAGGAGAAAUUCCUGACCAUCCUCAACAAGUACAUGGAGAUCCAUGGCACUGUGUACUACGAGACGCAGCGGCCGCCGGAGGUGCCAGCCUUCGUCAAGAACCACGGGCUGCUGCCACAGCAUGAGUUCCAGCAGCUGCUGAGGAAGGCGAAGCUCUUCAUCGGCUUUGGGUUCCCCUACGAGGGUCCAGCCCCACUGGAGGCCAUCGCCAAUGGCUGUGUGUUCCUGCAGGCGCGCUUCAACCCCCCCCACAGCUCCCUCAACCACGAGUUCUUCCGUGGGAAGCCCACCUCCAGAGAGGUGUCCUCCCAGCACCCGUACGCCGAGGACUUCAUUGGGAAGCCACACGUGUGGACUGUCGACUACAAUAACUCUGAGGAGUUUGAAGCUGCUAUCAAAACAAUCCUGAGGACCCAGGUGGACCCUUACCUGCCUUACGAGUACACCUGCGAGGGGAUGCUGGAGCGGAUCCACGCCUACAUUCAGCACCAGGAUUUCUGCACCAUGCCAUCCCCUCCACCUCCUGCCAAGGCCCAGAGCCCCGCUAUGCAAAGCCCUCCGAGCCCUCUGGCCCUGUCUCCCAACGCCACCCACCUGGUGUGGUCCCCGAGCGCCCGCCGGGACCCCCAUGCCUGGCCGCCAGCAGACUCCCUGCAGGUGUGGCUGUCAGAGGGGCAGCAUGCCUGCACCGAGACGUGCCGCCGCCGUGGGCUGGUGUGUGAGCCCACCUUCUUCAGGUUCCUCAACAAGAAGGAGGUGUUUCUGCAGCUCAGCAUCACCUGCGACAGCACCGAGUACGAGAUGAACCAUCUCUACCCGGCAGUGGCAGAGAACGUUCACGAGUGCUACCUCCAGAAGGAGCCGCUGCUCUUCAGCUGCGCGGGGCACAACACCAAGUACCGGCGCCUCUGCCCCUGCCGCGACUACCGCGAGGGCCAGGUGGCUCUGUGCAGGGACUGCUUGUGACUCGGCCCCGCGGCGGUGACGCACCGUGUGCCGCCGGUGGCUUUAUCUCAAAGCUCGUGCAAUAGCUGGGGAGGCAGGAUGGGAUGCGUGCCGAGCCGGGGGUGCUGGGCUGCAAAAAGCCACGUCCCGAUGGUCAGCUCCAUUUUCCUCUUGAGGCGCAUCGUCCGUCCGCAUCCGAACCCACCUGGACCGCGUUGGUGCUGGGAUGGGGGUGGCGGGGAGAGGAGCUGGAGGGGAUCACCCUUCCCUUCUUCCAUCCACGGGAUGAGCCACCAGCAGACUGCAGUUUCAGGGUUUUCAUUCUCUUGAAGCAUCCGAGGUUGUUUUAUUUAUUUAUUUUCUAUCCCCCUCCUUCUCUCCUUCCCUCCCCCCCUUCCCAGAAUGAGUGGUGAAU